AUGGCGUCAUUUAAACAAUUGAAAUUAUUUGUUGAUAAAGAACUUGAUCAGUGUCUUCAGAACGUUGUCCGACCAUUUACUGAACAUGUUUAUUUCCCUGAAACACCAGUUGAUCCUCUUGGCAUUGAGAAACAUCAUCAAGAAAGUCAAUUACAAGCUUUAUCGAUCUCAGAUACAUUAGCCUGUACGACAUGUCAAAUUCAAUUCAGUGAACGAUCAGAACAGGUUCUUUUUGUUGUUUCUAUGAAUAUCAAUUUAGUAAUGAUCUCUUUUUUUCUUCAAUCGAAUCAGACACUUCAUUUUAAAUCAGAUUGGCAUCGCUUUAAUCUGAAAAGAAAACUUCGGAACCAAGCAGCGAUUUCAUCUGAGAAAUUUGAGGAUAUGGAAAAAGACAUAUCAAGUAUAUCCGGAAGCGAUUCAUCAAAUGAUGAUUUGAGUGACAGCGAAAGUGUACUGAACAUGUCAGCUGAUGGUUCAUAUAAUUCAUGUGCUAGAAAUAAUCCGAAGAUUGUUUUAACACUGAAUGAUGGUCGACAUUUAUCCUUAUAUCGAUGUCUUCUUCAUGGAAAGAAGAAUUUUCCUCAAGAAUCUCAGGAAUUGAUUCUAACUGCUCAGCGACUUCCCUUAUGUACUUAUUGGUGCAUAGUCAUGGCUGCGGGCGGUCAUUUUGCAAUAGCAUUAUUUGAACGCGAUAAAAUUAUUCAACAUAAAACUUUUCAUAAGUAUGUUAUCCGUGCUAAACAAGGAUCAGCACAAACAGCACAUGAUCAAAAGACUGGCGGAAAAGCUCGUUCAGCUGGUGCUAAUCUUCGUCGCCAAAACAUGCUUCAUUUAAAACAGAAAAUUCAAGAACUGUUCAUUUCCUUGAAAACUGAAGUACAGCGGUGUUCGUUGAUCUUCGUUCGAGCGCCCAGCUUCAACCAACAGUUAUUAUUCAGUGAUAAAAAUGCACCCUUGUCAACAAGUGAUCCCAGAAUCCGUUCGAUUCCAUUUGCGACACUUCGACCGACAUUCAAUGAAAUAAAACGUGUCUAUGACCAACUGACCAAAAUGGAACUCUAUCCGGAAGAUUAUCAGUUUCAAAAAGCUGAAUCAGAAAAAGCAUCGAUAGCCAAAUCAAAACUACCAGUCGCGAAGAAAGCUACUGCUGUUUCAUCAUCAGACUCGGAAGAUAAUUCUGAUGACAAAACUGAGCAAGCAGCUGCAAAACAAACGACAAAGAAACAACCUGUUGCGUCUUCCGCACCAACCGAUCGAAAACUAUUACCGGUUGAAGAUCUGUCUACAUUCAAUGAAUUAUUUACGGCGUGCCGGUUAAACGAUAUUCAACGAUUUGAUGAUUUAAUUUCACGAUUACGCGCUUUGAAGACCAUCGACGAAUCGACUUCCAUCGCAGACAUACUCAACUAUCAAACUGCUGGUAGUCUUGAUACACUUUUACAUAUUGCUAGUGAACGUGGACACUUGAAACUAAUUCAGCGACUACUACAUGAAGGUGCUGAUCCAUCUCUUGCAAAUCAGCGCGGAAAGUACCCGUAUAAUUUAUGCAAAAAUAAGGAAACGAAAGAAGCGUUUCGUUUAUUUCGAAACGAUUAUCCAGAUAAAUACGAUUACAAUCUUGGUCAAAUUGCAGCCAGUAUAACAACGGAAGAAUUAGAACGACAACGUACAGCUGAACGUGAACGUCGUCGUCAGACGAAAAAACGUCGAACAGAUAAACAACGAAGUGAUCAAGAAAGACAAUUACGAGAGCAGGACGAGGAAAAACAACGAAUAGCUUUCCUUGCUCUAUCCGACGCUGAAAAGAAGACAUUAGCUGUCCAUAUGAACUUUGAAACAAAGAAACGCGAUGAAUUACAUUUAGGUCGAUGUUGGCAGUGUGCACAUAAAAUCUCCGAUGAACCAUUUACAUACUACGAUUACAAAUUUUGUUCAACGGCUUGCUUGAAAGCACAUAGGGCGAAAUCUAAGACGACUUCUUAA